AAUGCCCGGGGUGGGUGAGCGGUUGGUAUAAUUUACGGAUGGAGGCUGGGGAUGUGCCCUGCUGCUCCCCCUCCGCGCCUGCCUUCCCCAGUACGCGGUUUUGUCACGAAACUCUGCGUCCGUGAUUUCCUACACAGCUGCUGCCGGGGAGGCGUUGGGGACAGUGCGUGUGACAAUCCCGGGCACGCGGGUGAGGCUUGCGGUGAGGGGUAACCAGCCCUUCGGGGCUGUGGGACAGCGGCUGCUUCGUGCUCAGCAGCCUCGGCCUAAGCACAGUGCUCGGUGUGCUGUCCUGGGUAGGUUAAAAAAACCCCAAAACAAGUCUUUUAAAGGAUCAGCUAGAUCAAUGCACUUCAGGUUUCUGAAGCGUGUGGAUUCCUUAAUGUGUCUCUAUCUCUAUUGGAUACGAAGAAGCUUUUCAAGGCUCUGUCUGAAGCUGAGGCUGGGAUUUCUGCACCAUUUAUCAGCUGCUGGGAGUCCUGCAAGUCCUUUAGUACGGCUAUAACACAUAAGGAUGGAAUGCAGAUUGAUUUUCAUCCUGAUGUAGCAAAAUCUUCAGCGUCUGUCUUUUGCACGAAAUCAGGAAUGUAGCCUAGCGUUUGGCCAGCUUCUGAAGGCCCUAGUUCUCUGUCUUAAUUUUUUAAGCUGUAAUAUAAGCCAUAUGAUGGUUUCUUAAAAUACUUCUUGUUUUGCAUAGCUUCCCCGCAGCAGUGUCUUCAGUAGCAACUGGAGGACAUACCAGCUGUUUAUUUCUUUAUUCCAUAUGUUCUUGUCGUCUUUGGAUGAGCUCAUGGCUAGUCUCUAAGGGGUAAAGUUGAAAUACUCAUGCAGUGUCUUAAGAAGCCACGUGUUACCAAUGUUAGGUCUGGCUGACUUUUAAAUGAUGGUACAGUUUCAUAAUUUGGAAGGCGCUGUGAGAGCAUCUUGUAUAAUGUUUGCUUAAAGGAAACGUGCUUCCUAGUUUGGGGGGUGGUGGGGAAAGUAUAACGCCAUUCUGGAAAACAAGUACAGUUUCUAAGGAAAAAAUACAGGCAUGCUCGAAAGUAACUUCUGUAACAGUUUUAAAUAGUUUCAACAAGAAUUCCAAGUCUUUAGACUUUCUUCUUUCUCUCUUCCCCACUCCCCAGGAGCCUAAAAUCAAGAAUGGUUGUAGUGUACAGUCACUAAAAACCAAACAAACAAAUUCUUGUUUCAGCAGUUAAUGUGAAUAUAUGCUUGGCAGAGACUUCAAUCUUAUAUUUGACUGCCUUGUUAGUCAUCUGCUUCUGUUUUCCUCUGAGAAUGUGAAGCAGGUAUAACUAGGUUUCAGUUAGUUAUAUGCAUCUUUGUGGAUUGGACUAGGGCUGCUUGCUAUCUGGGUAAGUACAAAGUCAGCUUAGUCUUGUGUGAAUUGCUGUUUUAUGGCUCAGGCUCACACUGUGCUUGCCUUGUAGAGGUAAGCAAAAAGUCACUCAAGAGUUGCUACUGUGAAGCAGUAGCGUUCAGAUCAAACUUUCUUCCAGACCUUCUGUGAUUAAUGCUACAUUUCAAACUUCAGGUCCCCAGAAUGUCUUGCAAUGUGUUCUUACUCAGGUUUUGAUACUAAAUUGGUAAAGUGAGAAUGUGUUUCAUGUGUACCACAUUAAUGUAGUUGAAUGGAUGCUGUCGUUGCGAACACAGUGUAAUUUCUCCAAAAGAACCAAAAAUCGCAUUGAAUUAGUGGUUUCUGCUUUGGUACAUCAAAGCAGGUUAGUGCCUAAGUCUUAGGAGGAAACAUUGGCUUUUGUGCUAACCCUGUAGGGUUUCCUACAGAGCCACUAAUAUGUUUUGCAGAUUCUUGUAAGAAUGUUUGUGGAAGGUCAAAGGAUGAUCUCUCCUAGUUUCUUGUGUUUGGUGCCAGUCAAAAGUUCGUGCCUAGGGAAUGUUGUAAGGUGAGGACAGGCAUUUGAUGCUCAUAAGGAUUGGUGCCUGGAGCAGUAUUACAGAGUUUUCUUGGAGGCCUUUUUGUUCCUGUUUGCGAGAUUGAUGUUAUUCUUAAUGAUGCUGAAACACGAAAACCAGCAGAAAUCAAAACAGAAGAUGGUAAAGUAGAAAAGCAUUUUCUCUUCUAUGAUGGAGAAUCCGUUUCGGGAAAGGUGAACAUCUCCUUUAAACAUGGGAAGAGACUAGAGCACCAAGGAAUUAGAAUUGAAUUUGUAGGACAAAUUGAACUCUUCAAUGACAAAAGCAACACCCAUGAAUUCGUAAACUUGGUGAAAGAACUGGCCUUACCUGGAGAACUGACCCAAAGCAGAAGCUAUGACUUUGAAUUCAUGCAGGUUGAAAAGCCAUAUGAAUCCUACAUUGGUGCCAACGUCAGACUGAGGUAUUUUCUGAAAGUGACAAUAGUGAGACGGCUGUCAGACUUGGUGAAAGAAUAUGAUCUGAUUGUUCACCAGCUUGCUACGUACCCAGAUGUAAACAACUCCAUUAAAAUGGAAGUAGGCAUUGAAGACUGUCUUCAUAUAGAGUUUGAAUACAAUAAGUCAAAGUAUCACUUAAAGGAUGUGAUUGUUGGAAAAAUUUAUUUCCUCUUAGUGAGAAUAAAAAUUCAGCAUAUGGAGUUGCAGCUGAUCAAAAAGGAGAUUACUGGAAUUGGACCCAGUACCACAACAGAGACUGAAACCAUUGCAAAGUAUGAAAUCAUGGAUGGUGCACCAGUUAAAGGUGAAUCAAUUCCUAUAAGACUGUUCUUAGCAGGCUAUGACCCAACUCCAACAAUGAGGGAUGUGAACAAAAAAUUUUCCGUGAGGUACUUCUUAAAUCUAGUGCUUGUGGAUGAAGAAGACAGACGAUACUUCAAACAGCAGGAAAUAAUUUUAUGGAGAAAAGCUCCUGAGAAGCUGAGGAAACAACGGACAAACUUUCACCAGCGAUUUGAAUCUCCGGAAUCACAAGCAUCUGCUGAGCAACCUGAAAUGUGAACUGGUAUAAGGUGAAAAACUUUGCAAUGCUUCAGCAGGUUAAAGGUGGCAGCAGCCUGUGGGAAAAGAAGGCCAAAAUUCCCAUUACGACUGUCUUCCUUCAUCUUGCAGUGCUGCAUUUACCAUACUACUAAAGCGUUCUUCAGUUAAACAUUCAAGUAUGUAUAUACAUUUAAAAUAAAGUGCUUUCUCAAACACUGGAACUUUCUUAAGCUACUAUUUUAUACUGCACAUUUACUUUUAUUUGAUAAUGUUAUAUGCACUUGGGUAUGCAUAAGCUUAAAUCUGGUUAUUUCCAUGCAUGGUAGGCUGGCAUAUUUGAUUUUGCUGAUCACCUGUACAGUGUAGACUAAAGCAUUUCCCUUCUCUCAUGUUGUUUAUUGCAUGUUUCUUUCCAAUGUUGCUUAUUUGCAUUUGUUUUGUUUUGAAACUACAGUAAGACACAACUGACUAAAUCACACUAAAAAUCGAGGUUUAUGGUGAACUGGUCCUAAAGACUUCUAAUUACUACAUUAGACAGGGUUUAACAAACUGCAUGUAUAUGCACUGUGAAUAUGGUAACUGUGGAGCCUUCAGACACCUUACCAAGGUUUCUAAGAAGCUUUGAAUCUGUCAGUAGCAAAGAACGUUAGGAAGCAUCUUUGCCCUCCCUCCCCCAGUUUUCUCUGCCAUACUUCUCCAAGCCUUUCAUGCGAGUCACUCCUGACUUUUGGGGGUUUGUUGCCCUGUAACUAGUGACUGUAGAGAUGUUGUCAUGAUUUCACUUUCAGGUGGUGAGUGGGUAAAGCAUUUGAACAUAAUUAUCCCUUAUUGAUGAAAUAAAUGCUGGUAACAUUGAUUAUUUUGCAAAUACAUGAAACUAUGUGGUUCCUCCUGGCUUCAUGCUUCCGCUGUCUUCACAGUCUGUCUCUUCACUGUCCUGGCAGGAGGCACAGCGUCCUCAAAGGACACCCUCUGCCUACUCCACCUGGGCCUGCUACAAGGGCAAACAAGCUUUUUGUGGUCUGCUGGAAAGAUAUUUUGAAGCCAGGCAGGCCUUAAAACUGCUAGAAGCUUGUCAGAGGCAGCAGAUCGUUUGUCUUAAUCAUCUCGUAUGCAUUUAGUGUAUGAAGAAAUAGCUUAAAGGGGUUAGCCUUCACCCGCUCGCAACUGAGCGUGUCCUCUGUUACCUGGUGUGUGGCUUGGGUGUGAGGCGAGGCCUGCUGUGUGGAAGGCUACUUGCACUUGUAGUUCACUUGGCCUUUAAACCAAGACUUCUCAACUCUGGUGCAAGUGUCAUUGGUAACCUUACUUUAUGAGUAAGUAAAUAAUUGAAUUACAUUUCUGUAAGAACUGUUUUAUUACUGUGGCACUUUGAUAAAGCAGACCAAGACUCUGUACUUUAUGCUGGUAUACUUCUAACGCGGCUAUCUUUGAAUGAGAGCAAAUUUAACUUCCUCAUGUAAGUGCCUGUUCAGAAAUUCAAAGAAUAAAGUGAAAAAAGCCAAAUA